AUGAUAUACAAGAAAGACAUUGAAAAACUUAUUGAUAUAGUUAUUUUUCCCUUCAUCUCUCAUCAGUGCGAAUUUCUACGUGCAAGAGCUUGCUGGGUGAUAUCGGAAUUUGCAUUUGCUAAAAUUUCUGUUCAAGUACUAGAAAAAAUUAUCAAUUCACUUGUGUUACGAUUAUCAGAUGCUAAUGAAGAAUUGCCGGUAAAAGUUGAAGCUGCCGUUGCGAUUCAGAAUUUGAUGGCUCAACAAGAAAAGCGUAUUGAAUUCAUUACAGUCCAUCGUUUUAUUCAACCUCAUGUGCAAACAAUCGUGUUGGAAGUUUUACGUCUAGUAGCUAGAGCAGAAAUAGAGCAAAUGUCAGGUGUUAUUGAUGCGAUACUGGAAGAAUUUGCGGAUGAAGUUAUGCCGAUAGCUGUUGAUGUGACUGCCGAACUGGCUAAAAUUUUCCUAAACUUGAUAACGGAAGGUCCAGAAGACGAUCGCAUGGUUUCAGCGACUGGUGUUCUAUCAACUUUGGAAACAAUCGUGGAUAUGGUGGAGGAUAAUAGUAAAAUAAUGUUUCAUGUCGAAGAAGAAGUUAGAAAAGUAAUCAGAACUGUUCUUGAUGCUGAAUUAAUUGAUUAUUAUGAAGAAAUAUUGGCCCUUACAAAUGCUUUGAUCUCUCAUUCAGUCACUGAACCGAUGUGGGAGAUAUAUUUCUUUAUGCCCAAGUUAUUUAAUGAACAUACUGCAACAUUUAGCGAUAUGAUGCCAGUGUUGCAUUCUUACUUGACAGUGGAUACGGAUAGCUUUUUAGCUCGACCAGAUCGAGUAACCAUUUUAUUAGAUAUCGCUGUGGCUGCUUUAGAUGAUCCAUCAAUGGAAGAACCAGUACAUGCAGCGAAACUUCUUGAGUGCUUAAUAUUGCAAUGCCAGGGAAGAAUUAAUAAUUUGAUUCCGAAUAUUAUGCAGAUAAUAGUAAAUAAACUUAGCCAAUGUAGUCCUGGUGAUGCCUGCCAUGAAAUGUGUCUCUCGGUGAUUUCGGCUGGCAUAUUUUAUGAUACUGACCUUUUUCUGAAUUUGGCAUGUCAUUUGCAACCUCACGGUGCAAACAGUCUAAAUCAUCUUGUAAAUGAAAUUUUCAAAACUGCUCAUAAUAUGACUGGAAUUCACAAUCGCAAAAUGAUGGUAUUAGCUCUAUGCACUCUUAUUCGCUUAGAAACAACUAAGAGGCCCCCAUUAUUGAAUGAGCAACCGUCAAAGGUGAAUGAAUUUAUCAUAAAAUUGCUUGAUGGUUUACAAAAAGCAUUAAAAAAACGAGCUGAAAAUCGUUUGGCAAUGGAUAAAAGUGAAAAUACAGAUGAUUCAGAUGAUGAGGACAGUAUACACAGAGGUGAUGACUUAAAUGAUAGUGAAGAUGAAAUAGAUGAGGACACGCUGGAAUAUCUUGAAACUCUUGCCGAUUGUGCAAAAAAUGCAAGCGAGAGCAAUUCGAGCAGUGGUGAUGAUUCUGAUGAUGAUGAUUGGGAAGAAGAUUCCAUCGAAUCAUUUAAUACUCCCAUAGAUGAUGGAUUAUUUAUUGAUGUCUUCGUAUUUUAUAAAGAAACUCUUGAAAUUGUACGGAAAUCUGAUGAGCAAUUCUUUGGAGCUUUAACUUCCUGUAUCAAUGAGGAGAAGGCUGCUUCGCUUCAAAAUGUGUUGAAAAUUUGCAAUCAGCGAAUGCUUUUGGCAAAAAGCAAAAAAGUUGAAGAACAAGGUGGAUAUGCUUUUAAUAUUAAUGCACCAGUACCAAAAUCUUUCAAUUUUGGGCAGCCAUGA